AUGGGUGCUGGCAGUUCUAAGCCCGAGGCUGCGGGUGAUUCCAAGCAUGUCUUCUCCAGCAACUCUCCGAUCCAAUUCUCCUCCAACCUAGUUGAGGCUCUCCAGUCCACCUCCGAGACCGACUCCUCCCGCACCAAGGCCGUCGAGCUCGAAAUCCAAACCCGCGUCGCAGAGGAACUCAAGCGCCUCCAGGAACGCGAAAAGCAAACCCUCGCCGAGAUCGAGAAGCGCAUCGCCCAAAGCAAAGAUACAGCCGCCGCUCCCAUCACCACCUCCACCGCCCCAGUCGCACACAGCAACGGCUACCCUGUCGGCUCAUUGAACCUCGAUGCUCCUCGAAUCCCAUUCGCAGGCCGUGAGCACGAUGCGCCCGCUUUCAUCGCACCGGUCGAUACACCCCAGACACCCGUUGUGGACCGUGAAGUGUCGCGGCACUCUGUGAACGCAGAGAUCGAGGCGCUGCGUAGCCGGUUGGAUGGAAGACGGAAGCUGGUUGAGCUUGAUGAGGGUAUGGAGAAGGCUAAGGCGGAUGUUGUUGGUUGUUUAAGAUUGAAUGACCGUCGGCCGUUGAACUGCUGGAAGGAGGUUGAGGCUUUCAAGCAGGAGGUUGCUAAGAUGGAGGCUGCUUUUGUGGAUCGGAUUGUGGGUUAG